UACAUAAUACUACUACUGCUGAGGGUUUAUGGGGUUUGGUUCCUAACUUCUCUUCGUUAUCUCCUUUCUGUAAGAGAUAUAAUGAUGGCGAUGCUUCACCACUGUUCCAUACCCCUCGCACGUGUGGCGGUGCGCCCUUCCCCUCGCACACGUGCCGCCAUCUCCUUCGCAACUGCUUCUUCUCCUCGCGCAACUCCUCAGUCUCAGGUUCUCCUUGGCUUAUCCGAGAACGACCUUCAGAAACUCGCCAUUGAUUUUGGUCAGCAAGGUUUUAGGGGGAAGCAACUUUAUCAUCUUAUAUACAAGAGAAAAGUUAGAGAUAUUCAGGAAUUCGUUCAGGUGCCUCUCGCAUUUAGGAAUGAGCUUGAGGAAGCUGGAUGGAAGGUGGGAAGGUCUCCUAUUUUCAACAAGGUUGUUGCAACGGAUGGGACUAUUAAGUUGCUGUUAAAGUUGGAGGACAACAGAUUGAUUGAAACUGUUGGUAUUCCGGUUGAAGAUGAUAAGGGUUCAGUUCGCUUGACAGCAUGUGUCUCAUCACAGGUAGGUUGCCCUCUGCGAUGCUCUUUUUGUGCAACUGGAAAAGGGGGCUUUUCAAGGAAUCUUCGGAGCCAUGAAAUUGUAGAGCAGGUAUUGGCCAUUGAGGAGGUUUUCAAGCGCAGGGUGUCGAAUGUAGUCUUUAUGGGAAUGGGUGAACCAAUGUUAAACCUGAAAGCAGUACUUGAGGCACACCAUUGCUUGAAUAAGGAUAUACAAAUUGGGCAAAGAAUGAUGACUAUCUCCACUGUGGGGGUUCCAAAUACAAUAAAGAAGCUAGCUUCUCACAAACUUCAAUCCACGUUAGCUGUGAGUCUACACGCUCCUAACCAGAAACUAAGGGAAACAAUUGUUCCAAGUGCAAAAUCCUACCCAUUGGAUGCACUUAUGAAAGACUGCAAGGAAUACUUCCAGGAAACAAAUAGACGUGUUUCUUUUGAAUAUGCACUUUUAGCUGGAAUCAAUGACUCGGUAGACAAUGCAGUAGAACUUGCUAAACUACUACACGAAUAUGGCAGUGGUUAUCAUGUCAACCUGAUACCUUUUAAUCCAAUAGAAGGCUCUGAAUUUCGCCGUCCUUACAGGAAAGCUGUGCAAGCAUUUGUUAAUGCUUUGGAGUCAGCUAAAAUAACCACUAGUGUACGCCAAACCAGAGGACUGGAUGCAAAUGCAGCUUGUGGUCAGCUACGUAACAAUUUCCAGAAAAAUCCUUUGGUCACAGACUCUGACAAUCUUGAGUCCCAGCUGCCAAAUAUGGAUCUUGCAGUUACAAGUUGAUUGCACCGUGUCAGUUUAAUGGCUGCUUACUGUUAUCAACAUUCUACUUACUGGUCAUACGUCCACAAAUUUGAAGUAAACAACGAGAGGUUUGAUGAAACGAUGAACCAAUUAUAAAGUGAUAGAGGUGUUUGUUGUUAAUGCCUGAGUUGUGAUGUCAAGUUUCUUGCUAUAAGAGAAUUGUGGAGAGACAUUUAUUUGGUUGUUGGAGAUAUUGCUGAGUUAUUAAGGUCUGGGAAAAUUAGAAGUCUUUAGAUUCUUCGGCAUUUUUGGCAGUAUUACUGAGGCAUACAACCUACUGGAGAAUUACUUACUACAAGUAUAUAUUGUUGUCAAUAAGUGAUUAGGGUUUUGAAGUUCAUAGGGUGGACGUGGGAGAUAUUUUUCGUUGUAUUGAACCCCUUUUGCAUGAUAUUUAUUUAUGUGCAAUUGCUGA